AUGGCACCUUUUGGAGGUGAUACGGAUAAAAAUAAAUCUAAUCAAUUAAAAAAAAAGGAUGAAUACGACAGUAAAGAAAAUUUAUGGUCUUGUAUUUUGAGUGAAGUUCAAGCUCAGGGAAAUACAAAAUUACCGACUAAUAAAUCCGUUCUUGUUUUGGGAGAUAAUGGAAGUGGCAAAACUACUCUUGUUGCCAAGCUUCAGGGUGUGGAGGAUCCUACCAAAGGUUCUGGUUUAGAAUAUGCAUAUAUUGAUGUGCGAGAUGAAUACAGAGAUGAUUCUACAAGAUUGGGAGUGUGGGUUCUCGAUGGUGAUCCUGGUCAUUUAAAUUUAUUAAACUUUGCAUUACCUAAAGAAAAUUAUCCUCACACACUUGUCAUGUUGGUUGCUUCAAUGACAUCUCCCUGUACUAUAAUGGAUCAAUUGGAAAUGUGGUCUGAUAAAUUACAUAAACAUUUAAAAUCUUUAAAUAUAGAUCCGGAUGUAGAAAAAGAAUGCAGACAGAAAUGUGCUAAGAAGUGGCAAGAGUAUUCAGAAGCUGCAGAGGAAGGACCUAAAAGAGCAUCAAAAGCUUUAGAUGAAGAAGAUUUACUACCUUUGCCUGACAAUGUUCUUACAACCAAUUAUGGAGUUGAUAUAAUUGUUUGCAUUACAAAAACUGACUACAUGUCGAUGUUGGAAAAAGAAUAUGAUUACAGAGAAGAACAUUUUGAUUUUAUACAGUAUCAUUUAAGAAAUUUUUGUAUGAGUCAUGGUGCUGAUUUAUUUUACACUAGUGCAAAAGAAGAUAAAAAUUUAGAUUUACUAUAUAAAUAUUUAACUCACAGAAUUUAUGGUUUGGGUUCAGCACCACCAGCUCUUGUCGUAGAAAAAGAUGCUGUCCUCGUCCCAGCUGGCUGGGAUCAGGCGAAUAAAAUAGCUAUUUUAACAGAAUCAAUGCAUAGUUUUAAACCAGAUCAACCAUACAAUGAAGUUAUUACUGUGCCCAAAGGAAGUAGAAAAUCAGCUACCAAAGAAGUUGAAUUACAAGCCGAAGAUGAGCAGUCAUUUUUAACGAAACAACUCAAUCAACUUCAAGCAGGUCGUACGGAUGCCGUCAAAAUGUCUCCGGGUGUUCAAAAAACAUCCGAACGUCGAUUGGCAGGUUCUUCGGGAAUGCAGAGUAAUAUUUCUGUCGUAUCAUCGAAAAAACCAGACGGUAUUAAGCCCGGUAUUCCAGGCAGCGGAGAAGGUGUAUUGGCAAAUUUUUUCAAUUCGUUACUUAAUAAGAAAAGUCCCGGAAAUGUUCCGGGAGCAAUAAAAACCGGAACGGAUGCAACUGUAUCGAAUGCUGAUAAAGCUGCAAUGAGAUCGGAUGCUGCUGCUGAAUUAGAACGUUUAUCGAGAGCAAAAAAAUCAGAUUCUAAUUCAUCAGAUUGUUAA